AGCAGGAGUUGAAUUCUCACAACUGUUUACACGUGGGUCAGUUUCUUUUUUGGACUUGGAGGACAAUUGCUUUGGUGUUCUUGCUGCAAUCCAAGCAGAUACGGAUUGGCAUCAACAGCAGUGUUGCUACUGCUUCUGGCGAAGCAGAAGGUGACAUGCAGUAAGUGUAAGUCUAGCUCUUCUAGCUGCAGCAUUUAUCUCCAACGUCUUGUUUUUUGACGAGUUGUUCAUCGCCACAGCGUCUCUUCAAGAAGCGCUGACCGAGUGGAACUCACGACAUCAAUCUGAUUGUCCUCGAUAAACACGUCUUGAAAACUUAAACUUUCAUUUUCGACGUAGUAAAGCUCCCUUGCGUUCACGCUAUUUACGAGCAACACAAAAAACACUCUGUUGAGCUUUUCUCGACCAAAACAAAAGACAAGAUGACCGUUGUCGCGUGCGAUCCUACCAGCAGCUUUUUCGGCUUCAUGGGGGUCACCUCAGCGAUUGUCUUCGCAAAUCUCGGAGCUGCCUAUGGAACAGCAAAGAGCGGUGUCGGAAUCAUGAGCAUGGGUGUGCUCAGACCAGAACUCAUGAUGAAGUCGAUCAUCCCAGUUGUCAUGGCGGGUGUCUUGGGUAUACUAGUAUGUAUAAGAACAACUUCUGAUACGAUGUAACGAUGUAAAACAGCAGACGAGCGUAUGAGAAUAAGAACAACUUCUGACGAUGUAACUACGAUGUAAAACAUAAACAGCAGUAGCAGAGCAAAGUUACUGUUCGUUAAAGUUUUCCUGAUCACUGAAUGAAUCUCGUAGGUAUCUACGGACUGAUCACAAGCGUCAUUAUCAACGAGAAAUUGAACGAGCCAGCGAAAUAUUCUGCCUACCAGGGAUUCGCACACUUGGGUGCAGGUCUUACCGUAGGAAUGAGCUCAUUGGCGGCUGGUCUAGCCAUUGGUAUUGUCGGUGAUGCGGGCGUCCGAGCUAACGCACAACAGGUAACUCUUAGUAACACAUGCUGUCGCAACACCAACUCCCUCUGUGCACCAAGAACUUGAACUCCUUCUACUUGAUGAUCAUAUAGGAAGAGUCUGAUGUUGUAUUAGAAGAGUAAGUGACGUCGUGGUGAAAAAAUAUAACAUCAUCUUCGUCUUCGUCUUCUUCCAAACUACCGUCUUCAUGAAACCACAGACCCGACUCUUCGUCGGAAUGAUCCUGAUUUUGAUUUUCGCUGAGGCGCUCGGUUUGUACGGGCUCAUCAUCGGGUUAGUGGUUGCAUCCGGUGCCGGCAACGCCACAGGUCUCUGCACGCCUUACAGCGGCUAGACGAUGUAGUUGUUUUUCGACAGUCUUCGGCGAAUGAUGUCUUCAAUAUCUCAACUUCUCAUUCUUCCUCGGUCAAUUUCUUCAACAUCUUCAUUGCUCUUACCUGCUGGUUCUUCGACCCUAUUUUUUAUUCUUGCUAUAAAACCGUAAAACGAAUUAUCAUCGUUGUCCUGAUGAUGUUGUUACCUAUGUAUCGCUUCAAUUUCUUUGUCUUUUUAGCCCGUGGUCUUUUGCGUCUACGUAUAGCUGACGAAAAACCAAAUUUCACAAAGAGAAAGGACAUGCUUACAGGCGGAACCUCCAUCGUCCUGUAAAAGCAUGCCUUUCGGACCGACGAACAUCGAAUGCUUCACGACCACAUCAACUGACUCUGACAACUGACAAGUUUUAACAUGUUCUUAUCAAAAAACUAAGACAAGGCCUGGCAGUCCUCUCACGUGAGAAGGACGUUCUUGCACCAGUACGG